AUGGCCUCAUUGGACUCUGAUAAAUCAGGCGAAUCGUCACGUAGGCCGGUACCUACUCGAACCCUCGACAACCCUUCACGCCUGACAGUCGCUCAGCGCCUAGGACCUAGGGGAACAGCUGCCGAAGAAUCCAGCUCGACCGACGCUGAUACGUUGGCGCAUAGCUUGUUAAACCGAGUGAAGAUCACGAAGAAGGGGGAGAGAUGGUCUGAUAAGCUGAUGGAGGAGGCAGUGGACAUCAAAACAUUCAAGAAGGCAUGCGGAUAUCUUACACCUCGACAAUACCUAGACGUACUUCACGAACGACAUCUCAAUGGACUUUGCUCGUAUCCCACAUGCUCAAAUGCCCCUUUACACCCAUACACUUCUCACCGCCGAUUCAAAAUAUCGACCUCGAAUCGAACCAUCCGUGAAAAGCAAGGCAAUGAAGAAGAGGGUUAUUGCAGUGACAAAUGUAGACUUCGAAGUGGAUGGGUCGAGCAGAAGCUCUCUGAAGUCAAUGUGUGGGAUCGAGCGGGCAAAGUUGGAGUCAUAGAGCUCUUGGAAGAUCUAGAAGAUCAGAAUUCGACAACGGCACAGCGGACGAAGCAAGCUCCGCCGAUAUGUGCUGGGCAACCUCAAGCAAGUCCAACCCGAUCGUAUGAAGCUGCGCAGCCUACCGAGCCCAUACAGCCCUGGAAGGAGCGUAUACAAACUGUGGCCCUCAAUUCGUCGACCUCAUCGUCACCGUCGAGUAUUGCCGAUAUGAUAUCGAGCCUUACGAUCAUUGAACGUCCAUCGCAGAGCAUCUCGUCAGCCCCUACAGAUUGUCCACCCACGACCAACGGACCCCUGAGCAAGUCUAAGCCUACCCCGCCAGGUGCAUCACUGCCAACCUCAGAGGUAGAGGUGUCGGACCCCGAUCCACUGACACACACGUCUCGCCGAAACACAUCUUCACUCGUAUCUACCCCUGGCAACCUCACCUCCUCAGUGCUAUCUGCUUCUCGGCAGAUGGGCCCCAUACCUCAGCUAGACCCAGACUCCGAGGACGAAGAAGUCGAACAAGGAGACUGGGGCGAAUCAGAGAUGGGUCUCGAUUGGGGAGACGAGACGGAUGAGAUGAAGGCUUUAUUCGAAGAAGCUCGUAAGGCACGGGAUCUCCUCGUCGAAGCAGAGGCAUAG